AUGACCGCGAACGUUGAUUUCGAUGGCGUUCCCAUGGACAUGGCAAUGCACUUGCUCGAUUUACACUGGAAUCGGCUAAAUUUGAUCUACCUCCAAACAUACCGUCCGGCAAUCAUGGACAGCCUGUUCAAUAACGGACCGUACGUCAGUGAAUUGCUGCUGAAUGCCAUCUAUUUGCAAAGCAGUUUGUACAGCGACCGGAAAGGCCUGCAGCUGGAUGCGCAAGACCCGUAG